AUGGCGCCCACCUCUAGCCAACCCCCUCAGCCCCCUCAGCCCGUAGACGAUGCCGCGACGCCCACCCGAGCGAGCUUCAGCUCAAGCGCACUCGCGUCGCAGAAGCCGCUUCCGACCUCGCCAUUCCCAGAGUCGAUUCAGGUCCCAGAACCCACAGAAAAGAGCCUAUUACCUAAGAGGGAAAACUCGCAACACUCGAGGAAAUCCAAGGACUCGGACGAUAUGGACAUGGACGACUCGGAUGGCGAGGGAAUUGCAGGCGACGACGUUGCAUCCGACGACGAGAGCGUCAACGCGGACGGGACAAAAUCCAAGAAAAAGAAGUCGCAGCGAUUUUACUGCACCGACUAUCCGCCAUGCAACCUGAGCUUCACCAGAAGCGAGCAUUUGGCCAGGCACAUCAGAAAACACACGGGCGAGCGACCGUUCCAAUGUCACUGCUCGCGGCGCUUCUCGAGACUCGACAACCUGAGACAGCAUGCGCAGACAGUGCAUGUAAACGAAGAUAUCCCGAUUGACUCUCUCGCAGCAACUGGCACACGAUUCCAAAGGCAGAUCCGGACCGACAGGGUACGCCAGCCUGGCGGCCGAGCCAGGGCCUCAACGGCAGGCAGCGUUGGACCGACCGGUCGCGGCCACUCCAAGUCGCUCUCCACCUCAAGCAUCGCGAGCGUGAGCUCGAUCAACUCCGCUUACAGUGCUAACGAGGCCCGUCGACGGCCACCCCCUCUUGUGAUGGCGGACCCGCGAUCGAGGCUAUCGCUCGAGUCAUAUCGCAGCGCUGACGGGCAGUUCUACCGCCCCCCAUCACCAAGCGAUUUCAGCACGCCCACGUCUGCCACGUUCUCGACUGGUCAGAAUAGCCCCCGGUGGGGUUCGGGUGUUGCGUCGCCCAAUUCAUCCCACUCUAGAUCUCACAGCAUGUAUGCAGGCUCGAGAACACCGGGCCGUCGUCUUAGUGUGCCUUCUGGAGGGAACCCAUUCCAGUCGCCGCAUGGCGCCAGCGUUAGAGGUCCCCUGUUUGGCCCCUCAGGACUAAACGCAUCCAACAGCGGUGCCUUCUCUCCUGGGCAGGGCAGCUUGCUGUCUUCGCCGACAGUCUCGACAUCGGGGUGGUCGAGACGAGAUUCCAUGUCCAGUGCGGCCGAUGAGGCGUGGCGCCGCCGGACCUGGCAUCCGGACACCCGCGACUACAACGGGGCAAGCAGAUUGAAUCAAGUUGUUACGUCGUCUCAGUUCCCCCCGGCCCCCGUAUCACUCCCGAUCGCAAAUCCCGGCAGUCAGCAGCAACAGCCGUUGCGUCUCCCAGGCAUUGAAUCGUUCGACCCCGUCCCCCACCGCCCCCUUACUCCUCCCAGGCGCAAUCCCUCGCCCAUGAUGAUCGACUCGGAGCCAUCAAAUCCCACGAUACUCCUGCCACCCGGUGAUAUGGGCUCCGAUGAGCGUCGGGGCCUAGCCGCGCAAUGGGAUAUGGGCUUGCACCGCGGACUAACAAGGCUCGACAUCAACACCCCCCCGCGAGAUGGUGCCAGAUCGUGGGCGAACGAUACCCAACAAGCGGUCCUCGCACAAGCGGAUCAGGCUCGUGCGGGGCCGCUUCAGCCAACGGUUCGAUUCGAAGCAGAUGUUAAACCAGGUCGGGCCCCUCCCUCGAUGCCGCCGUCGAACGGGCCCCCGAUGCUAGGCAGCAGGCAUCAGCACACCAUGUCGGCUCCGUCCAUCAGCACCCCACGCGAGUCUAAGAGGCACGGGUGGUACCAUGGACCGGUGACUAUUCACCCGGCAAGUGAGACGAUCCACGAAGGUCGUGCUCAUGUGGACCGCAUCGUUCACCCCAACGUCAAUGCCUUUCAAGGAUUUCCUUCCCGGGACCAGCAGCCUGUUCUCCACCAACAACCUGGACAGGGAAUUGAGCGAAUGGAACGCAUUGAGCGCAUGGAACGAAUUAUGGAACGGCCUCACCCCACGGGAAACCCCGAUUCUCUUAGGCGGCUGGAAGCGCUCGUGGCUGUGGCAACCAGCGAAGGUUCGACCGCAACUGCGUACUGA